AUGGAACCAACAGGUGGUGACGAUAUCACACAAGUGGUAUGCCUGGAAACAGACCUGCAGGAUGGACAAAUGAAAGAGGUUGAGGUUGCCCAUCAAAAAAUUCUGCUGGUUCGUAAUGAAGGCAGGUUUAGUGCUGUGGGUGGUCUGUGUACUCACUUUAGAGCUCCACUAAUCAAAGGGACCUUGACAGGAAACAGAGUGAGAUGUCCUUGGCACGGGGCUUGUUUUAACACUACGACUGGAGAUAUUGAGGAGUUCCCAGGUUUAGACUCUUUGCCCACAUUCAAGGUGAAAGUUGAAAAUGGUAAAGUAUAUGUUACUGCAAAUAAAAAGGCACAGACUAAGCGUGUUAAGGAAAUGAGCUGUAGAAAGACUGGAGUUUGUCACACUGUGCUCUUGAUUGGAGGAGGUCCAGCUUCUCUACAAUGUGCAGAGACUCUACGGCAGAACAACUAUGGUGGAAGAAUUAUUAUAGUCACCAAAGAUAAAUAUCCCCCUCUUAUCAAGACCACGCUGAGCAAGGCCAUGAAUAUAGAGGUUGAAAAGAUUUUCCUUCGCCCAGAUGAUUUUCUGCAAAAGCAUGGCAUUGAAGUGUGGACAGAAAAGGAAGUGGUAUCCGUGAACACAAAGAAGAAAAUAGCCACCCUGUAUGACGGUACCAGUCAGCACUAUGACCAGCUCCUGAUCGCUACAGGGGCUAGAGCUAGAGCCAUGCAGUGUCCUGGUGCCGAGCUGGAGAAUAUAAAAGUGCUGCAAAACUACAGGGACGCAUCCGGAAUUUAUCGGCUGAGCGUGGGCAACAAGGCCGUUAUCAUCGGAACAUCUUUCAUCGGAAUGGAGGUAGCAGCUUAUCUUUCUGACAAAGCAGCCAGUGUAGCAGUUGUGGGCAAAUCCAAGUUCCCUUACCAGCUUUCACUGGGACCAGUAAUUGGGAGAAUGGCUAUGCAGAUGCUAGAGGAGAAGAAUGUGAAAUUCUACAUGAGUAAUGGCGUGGCUAGCAUUCGAGGUGAAAACCGAAAGGUCAAGGAAGUUGUGCUUCAAAAUGGUGAAGUCCUACAAGCGGAUGUUGUAAUUGUGGGAAUUGGAGUCAUCCCUAAUUCUGACUUCCUGAAGGGGAGCACGGUGCAGAUUGAUUCAAGAAAUGCUAUUGUUGUUGAUAAGUUCAUGAGAACCAAUGUCACAGAUGUCUUCGCUGCUGGAGAUGUGGUGUCUUUUCCUCUUUCACUUUCUGGACAUAAGAAGGCCAAUAUAGGACACUGGCAACUGGCACAAGCACACGGGAGAAUCGCUGCUUUAAACAUGUUAAGGAAGCAGACUGAAGUAAACACUGUGCCGUACUUCUGGACUGUGCUGCUGGGACAGAGUAUCCGAUACACAGGUUAUGGCGAAGGCUACACGGACAUUGUUUUCAAAGGAAAUGUUGAUGAGAGAAAGUUUCUUGCACUUUACAUAAAGGAUGAAGAGGUUGUAGCAGCAGCCAGCAUGAACUUUGAUCCUGCUGUGUCAAAGGUGGCAGAAAUAAUAGCAACAGGAAGGAAAGUUAAAAAGUCACAAGCUGAAUCAGAGGACCUCAGUUGGCUGGAGAACAUGCAUCUACAGUGCUAAUGACUACUGGCUCUUUAUGGGUUCAUAUGGAUCUCUGCCUUUAAGUUUUAUAUUAGUAUUUUAUGUUGUCUUUACAUUGUUUUUAGUUAAAAUGAGUAUCUGUACCCAUGUUCACAACAUUAGACCAACAAUUGCAUUAAGUCUUGAGAGAUAACAACUAAGUAAAGAAUAUG